AUGAGGCGUGUCGCAGGUCGAGUGACUUCUGACGACAUUCGAUCAGCUGGCCUGAGACGAUGGGAUGGUCGAUUGAGAGUCACGACCGACUGGAUCAAUCUGUUCCAUGAACCCGAGCUGUGUUGGCCUACUGGGGAUUGCCUGGUCUAUCUACGAGAGCCUGGCCAGUCCAGUCGAGGACCAGCUUUCCGGGUCCACAUAGGCUUCCUCAGAGUCAAGGGCUUCGAGUCUUUAGUCGAGCGAUGCGUGGUCAGAAACUCGAUCCACGCUGCGAGCGAAUGCGUUCUGCCAAAUUGUCCAGGUUGUGACCCCGAACAGUCGCUUCUCGAACUGUACAUCCCAGCGCCAUACGGAGCCGGACUCGAGGAAAUCUUUGACCACCACAUCACGACCAGGAACUUUUUCGCAUGGCUAUACAACCGACCCCUUGCUGGAAGGACGCUGGGUAAAGCCCUAGUGGAGCUGAAGAGGAGGAUAGAUGUCUACCGGCCCGAUGACAGCUCGCAGAAUAAGCUCGAAGUUGUGUCUUACGCAGAGAGUCAGAGGUAUCUGGAUUUCAGGGAAUGCGUCGACCAUGCGCUGGCGGCGCUUCAUCUGGCCGAGAACCUUGAGAUUGAAGACCUUUGGGUCGAUGCUUUCUCCCACUGUGUCGGGAUGAGCCAUCGGGGCCUCCGCUCCAGCAUCGAGUACGCGAUGGUCAGUUCGCGAUCCAAGUCCCUCGUUAGUCGGGCAAGAACUGAGAUGGAUACUCGCCUGCAAAAUGUGGACAAAGCAUUGGUCGACUUCUUCGAAGAGGAAGUUUCCAACAGCUUCCUUCGACUGCCCCAGACUGCAAAGGACCACUUGGACCGGGCCCGCGUCUUCCUCAAGGGAGUAUACGUUGAGCGUUAUGGGUCAUGGCCGCCUUCGGACUUUGAAGAGGAGUCAGUCAAACAGGCCGUGUACACAGCUAUAUUCGGCGACUUCCAGAACUUGUAUCAGCACCUGGUGGACCCGAAUUCCGUAACAGGAAUGGAAGAGACCGACAUCAGCAAGACCGGAGGGGUAUGCACGAUACAGAACAUCCAGGCUUUUGACGCGAAGCACGGCUUUGAACCUCUAGCGCAGCCGCUUCCACUGAUACCAGUGACGUUGGAGUCUGACCCAGGUCCUCACCAUUCGAAAUCGGUGCGCAGAAAGUCUUGGAACCCGAUACUCAAGAGGAAGAUCGACAGGGAGGCUCGGAAAGCCCGUGACAAGCAAGCUUUGACCAAUGCUUCCAACAGGGACGUUCUGGUCAUGGAGUGCGAAGUGGUCAAGAAGUUCUCCCAAUUCGAGCAACAGACUGUCGACGAUGACCUUGUGGGGCUGCCAAUUGCCGAAGGGCGCAAGGUGCGCUGGAUGCUUGUCUAUGCCAUCCUACAGGUCCUCCAUGCCGUGAUGCAGGCACCAAAGCAGGUCCGCAACUCGCGCGGGCUGACAUACUCUAUUUGUUGCCAUCCUCCCAAGAAACUGCCGUGGCAAGAAUCACGACGCCCAAUGCUCCCCUCCACCACCGAGAGUCUGUCCCAACUGGAAUUGGUACCGGACCAGAGCUACUCGCAUACAAACGUAACUGCGUCAUCUUCCCCAGUCACUGAGGAAGCGCCACGAGGAAGGUCGUUCAUGGCUCGCCGGAGAACGCUCCCGGCGCAUCUGCCUGGAGCGUUGACAGCGUCGUUGAUGACCAAGUCGGCUCCGAGUUCGCGGUCGUCUUCGUUGCGGAGGCUGAUGUCGAGAUGCUCGCGCGCCGCCCCGGAGCCAAUGCCAGCCAAACGAUCUGCCUUCUGCCAGAUCUACGUCGAGGGGUACGGCAAUGGCCUGAACGAGGUCGACAGCAACACCACGGCCGCCAGACAGUCAACCCCGGCCGAGCUUACAGCCGAGCCCACCGCAGAACUAGAAGUGACGAGUCCGGAUCUCAUCAAGGAGGAAAUGCCCGAACCACACGAGCUGGUCGGCCACGAAGUGCACGAACUCAACGCUGUCGGGGUCGAAAGUGUCACGGCCCCAGAAGCACCCCUUCUUGCGCCGGUGCCGGUGCCGGUGCCCGAAGACGAGUCGUCGUCGACUCCGCCGCAGAUGUCUCGCGAGUCUUCCUCGGCGUCGACGAGCAGCACCUGGUCCAAGAAGAGCCGUGGCAGCGGCAGCGACAGCGACGGGCUCGACCCCAGAACGCCGGCAGACGACACUGUCUGCACGUUGCAGGAGAUACUGCAGUCGACGCAGACGCAGACGCAGACCCACACGCCCAAGCCCAAGGUUCCAAGUUGCAGACCGCCCAUAGGGAAGAGGACGUCCUCGUGCGCACGGGGUUCCUCGCAUACCAUUGCUGUUGUCGAUCAUCACGACAGCGACAACGAAAAUGGUAAUCGUGCGGGUACGGGUAUUGGGAAAAGCACAUACGCCAAAGACGCCCUCAACGACGCAAUGUCAGUGCCAUCUAUCCAUUUCAAUACCUUGACUUGGGACAGGAUCUUGGAUCAGCGCUGCGUAGGAAAGAGACCUGUGACGGCGCCUGCUACGAGUUCGAUUCAGGUCCGCGCAUGA